AACUGCGGAAGCGCCUAAGAACAAGGUGAAGGGAUCGCACUUACGGGGAGCUGUUCAUCUAGGAUUCAGCUACGAUACGUCUGAAAACGAAUGGAGAACAACUACAGGAGAAACACUAGAUGACGCGGGUUACGCUGUGUGGGGCAACUAUCAGCCCGAUGGUGGAGAAAAUGAGCAAUGCGGUUCGAUGUUCUACAACGGCCAUUUAAAUGAUAUCAGCUGUGAAGCACAAAGAUGUUUUUUUAUAUGCGAGAGAGAAAACGAGCUUCUUAAUAUUUUUAGUGAGAGGUUCGGUCAAUAGGAUAUUUUAGAUAAAUACAAGAUUUGAAAAGAUAACAUACUUGUAGGAAAAAGGGGUUGGCCAUGAUGAAUAAAAAUUCAGGGAUUACAAGAUAAUAUUUAGUUUUAUUAAUUAUAAAUUGCACCAGGGCACAUCUAUAAUUAAUGAUAAUAAUUAAUUUCAAAUUAAUAAUUCAGUGCACCGAGUCACGCCAGAGCCAAGAAUGCUCGGUCCGUCGCUGCGCGGUCAUUUUAUAUCUGUUGCAAAACAAGUCGAGUGGCGCGCCGAGUGGCGUUAUCGGUGCACGUGUUGUUUAAAAUUUUUGCUGUACCGGCGUACGACAAAGGCGCCGUCAUGCCGUCAUACUCAGACAUUGUUGUUCAAUACUUAAAAUAUUGUCUACUAUUGUUAUGUUUUAAUACAUCUGUGAUCCUUUAUUUCAUUUUUCACCGUUAAAAAAAUUGUUUUAAUAAACGUUAACGGAGUAGUUAUACGUACAGUAGAGGCUCGCGGCCUAGUUAUAGAAUUCGAUGUAAAUGUAAGAAAUGCUUAAAGUUCUUGAAGGUCCCUAAAUCAUAUCGGUCCGGAAAAAUCUCUGGUGGUAGUCGAUUCCACAAGGAAGCUUUGCGAGGAAGAUAACUUCUUGUAAAUCGCACAGUGAUGGACCGCCAAUCAUUAAGAUAGUAUGAAUGGUAUCGGGAGAUUUGUCGCUAUGUGCGAUGCUGAAAUUGAGUGGCUGAAAUUAGUCCGAACAAUUCCUCAGAGUACUCCCCGUGGUAGAUGCGAUAAAAUAUAGAAAGAGAUGCAACAUCUCUGCAGUGCCUGUGAGUCAAGCCGAUUUCAGAAAGACCUCGGUCAGCCGACGAUUCAAAGCGCCCUGCGCUGGAUGCGAUUAAGUGGAAGGAUCUGGCACUGGGGAGCCACAGCCCAGAGAUGGGAACAGUAUUCCAUGUGAGGUCGAACCUGCGCCUUGUAAAUUUGCAGGCGGUAAGCCAGCAUGUAAUACUGUCCUGCUCUGCUGAGCACGCCAAGUAUUUUUUUCUUUUUUUGUCUUUGUUUCUCUAAUUUCUUAUUUAUGUUAUUACUGUUUUUCUUAUUUAUUUUAUUAUUAUGUAAUAAUAUUUUCUUCUUACUUUAUACUUCGCCAUUUGUUAAUAAAUGUGCAAGCAAAAUUAUUGUUAACUGAAAUACGUUUAAAAAAAUUAUUUUAGAAGGAUUAUCUAUUAUUAUUAUAUUUACAUGAUAUUUUAUUGAUUAUAAGUUAUCUUACAUUAGUCAUUUAAAAGGAAACAAUUAUUUAUUGGCAAAUUUUACACCGAUACUCGUAAGACAUGUCAAUGACUCUAAAAGUUAUAAUGCAACAUCUUAGCGUAACAUGUCUCUGAAAUACAUUAAAUAAAUAAAUAUGAUAAUAACUGAUGAAACAGGUUUUAUAUUUCGAAAAUUAAAACUGUGUCCUACUAAAAGCGCAAAAACUUUAUAGACAAUGCGUAAUACAUCGUAAUAUCAACCAAACGGUAAACCGUUGCUAUCUUAUGCAUGCAUAGAACUUGUAAUUACUUAAGUAAUUUAAAAAAAAAGUAUUUUAAAAAGCUUGUAAUGGGAUCUCUUCUUUUUUUACAAUAUCUAUAUUUUAGUGGUACAUCGCUGGAUUGUUUUUAUAUUGUCCAAUAUAUUUUUAUAUAGUAUUUCCAUAAAUAUGUGAAUUAAAACAUCCAUAACAGCUUGUUUGCUAAAGUGCAAUGAAGUGGACGAUAUGAAUGACAAGUUCGUCGAAACUGUCCUUGCGGUCGGAGCUAAGUUCUGCAAGACCCGCCGCAGAAGAACACAAAAACUCUCCGAUCACACUUUUAAUCUCAUGGCUGUUAGACGGGAGAUGAAGCUACAUUCUUCAACAGAUUUGACAGAAUACAGGCAACUGAACAGACAGAUCUCCAAAUGCAUGCGGCGGGACUUACGCAACUUCAAUACAGCUCAUAUUGAAGAAGCGAUCGAGCGAAACCAAGGCUCCAAGGUCUUUGCCAGAGAUCUGUCUGCCAGAAAGAGCCAACUGUUGAAGCUGAAGACCGAGUGUGACAGCAUCGUUUCCGGGACAUCUGAGAUUUUGAGUGAGAUUGAGAGGUUCUAUACAGGCAGCUGUAAACGUUAUCGUUGGAGCCGCACGCAAGUGUGAGUAACGAUCCAAGAGCGAGUCUUAUCCGACACUAUUCCGAAGAUAUCCCGGACGUCAGUCUGAGCGAGAUUAGAAUGGCUCUCCAGCACCUUAAAAACGGCAAGUCACCGGGUGAGGAUGGAAUUACAGCGGAGCUUUUGAAAGCGGGUGGAAAACUGGUACUUGAAGUCCUUUAGAAGCUCUUUAAUUCCGUCUUCUAUGGUGGCACUACUCCGGAGGCGUGGAACAGAAGUGCGGUCUUGUUCUUCAAGAAAGGCGACAACGCUCUCUUGAAGAACUACAGACCGAUUUCCCUUCUGAACCGCGUCUACGUGCUGUUUUCGAGAGUCAUUACGAAUCGUCUCGCACGCAGAUUUGACGACUUCCAGCCUCCUAAACAAGCUGGUUUCCGAAAAGGCUUUAGUACCAUGGACCAUACAUACCCUGCGGCAGAUUAUACUGAAGAAAGAGGAGUAUAAUCUGCCACUUUGCCUUGCGUAUGUGGAUUAUGAGAAAGCCUUUGAUUCCGUCGAAAUUUGGGCGGUGCUGCAGUCACUUCAGCGGUGCCAAGUUGGCUGUCGGUAUAUCGAAGUGCUGAAGUGUUUGUACAGUAGAGCUACGAUGGCUGUCCGAGUACAGAAUCAGAGUACAAAACCUAUCCAACUGCAGAGAGGUGUAAGACAGGGUGACGAUAUAUCCCUGAAACUCUUCACCGCUGCAUUGGAAGACAUUUUCAAGCUACUGGACCGGAAAGGAUGCGGUAUUAAGAUCAAUGGCGAACACAUCACUCACCUUCGAUUUAUCGACGAUAUAGUCCUUAUGGCAGAAUCGCUGGAGGACUUAAGUACUAUGCUCAAUGACCUCAAUACUGUCUCCCAACGGAUAGGUCUUAAGAUGAACAUGGACAAAACAAAAAUCAUGUUUAACGUCCAUGUCACCCACCUUUGCCGGUAGUUGUUGGGGGCACUAAGCUCGAGGGUUGUUGAAGAAUAUGUUUACCUGGGACAAAUAGUCCGACUAGGUAAGUCCAACUUCGACCGAGAGGUCAAUCGUCGGAUUCAACUCGGCUGGGCAGCGUUCGUCAAACUACGACACAUCUUCUCGUUAGACAUACCUCAAAACCUGAAAACGAAAUUGUACAACCAGUGCGUGUUGCCAGUGAUGACAUACGGAACUGAGACGUGGUCCUUCACUGUUGGCCGUAUAAGGAAGCUCAAGGUUGCUCAGCGAGCUAUGGAGAUGGCUAUGUUCGGGGUUUCUCUGAGUGAAAAACUUAGAAAUGAGGAUAUCCGCAGUAGAACCAGAGUAACUGACAUAGCCCAACGGAUUAGUAAGCUGAAGUGGCAGUGGGCCGGCGAUAUGGCUCGAAGAACCGACAGCCGAUGGGGAAAAAAGGUUCCCGAGUGGCAGCCUCGUACCGGUAGGCGAAGUGUAGGGCGACCCCCCACUAGAUGGAGUGACGACCUGGUAAGACAUGCAGGAAGUCGAUGGAUGCAGGUGACUCAGGGCCGUGCUUUGUGUCAUUCCUUGGGAGAGGCCUAUGUUCAGCAGUGGACUUAUGAAAGGCUGUAAUGAUGAUGAUGAUGAUUAGGAAGGCGGUGCUGCCCAUCACCUGGCUUAUAUUGAUAUUCUUACAUCGCCACUACAUGGUGCAUAAAAUCUAAUAACCUUCUACAGAGAAAUAGCCCAUUUUUUACUAGGCCCAUUAAAAUGUGUGCUAUGAUGGAUGGCCAGAUGGGGUCCCCCCAAUAGUGCUGAAGACGUAUUCGUACAGGUUCUUACGCGUCUUUUCCGGUUCUCCAAUUUUUUUAAACGACGUUUCAAGCUCAUGUAAGAUAGUCUUAGUGCAUCCUUAAAAAAGACGACUGUUCAGGCCUGUUCAACUACGGUUCUAAUUGCUCCCCGUUCCAUAAUCUCCUUGUUCUUCAAUAUAAUGUCAAUUAUAAUCUGCCAGCUCAUCAGGUACCUUUUUUACAUGGGGAAAUGCUUACGCAUACCCGCCUCGCGGGGGCAAGGACGGGUUAUGUCGAACACGCACCGACUAAAACCCCAUGGUGUUCCACCUUCACCGCAUAUUGGCAGGGCCACGGGAAAGCUUUCGCACAAAUCCGCGGCCCCACCAGUGCCGGCUGCCCCAUGGCAGCUCCUUAUCGGGGGAUGACCUCUCCUCAGCGAGAUCUCGAAUAGGGGGUGACUAAAUCUAGUCACGUAUAAUCUUCAGCAGACACUUAAAAUCAUGUCUACGUACACAC